AUGAUUGAGACCGUGUUCGACCACCUGCACGUCGAAACCCUCUUGCGCAUGCGAGCCACCGGAGCGGUAGCCGACGAGUAUAUCUCCACAUAUCUUCACAGGAAGCUCGUCGGUUUCCUCCGCCACUACGUCGAGAAUCCGCACCAUUUCCUCGACGAGCUGGAGACUUGCUGCUCCGUCAUAUGCGGGUCUGCAGCGCUUGCCAUUCUGUUCCGCCACCCUUGGAAGGCUUGUGACCUCGACGUCUAUAUCCCGCGUGACUUCGUUUGGCACGUUAUCGCAUACCUCGUCAACGUUGAGCAAUACACCGUCGAGUUUCUUGGCGACCCGGACUACACCGCCUACGGCGAUAUUCGCUCCGUCGCACGUAUGUCGCGCGCAGAUGGACGUCGCGUCAACGUGAUCCAGAGCGAAUCAAACUCUCCACUUCUCCCCAUCGCGAGCUUCUGGAACACCGCCGUGAUGAACUACAUCACUCCCACGAACUUCUGCAUCGCCUACCCCCUCCUCACGGACGAACUAUGCGCACUCACCACGACUGUCCUGCUCCUCGAAGACGGUGUGAGUGGCGCGACUUUUCCAUUCGUCGGCCAUGAGCUCGUCAAGAAGUACGAGGAUCACGGGUUCUCCGUGCACGCCGAUCACACUUCGUGGGCUCGGAGCGAAGACCCGUCGGCGUCGUGUCCAGGGAUGGGUACGCCGCACUGCCCGCUCACCAUGCGUUACUUCGGCGACCAGUUUUGUGUCACGGGUGCGAUUCAUGCCAUUCGAGGACGUCGUACUCCUAGGACGUUGCCGAACGAUUUCCUCGGGAAGUUCACAGCGGUGUGGUGGCGGGGCGGGCACACAUGCGGAGGUGAAUGUGCGAAGGCGGGGAAAUGGUUAUACUCGAACUCUUACAGUUGUGUCCGUACUUUGUUGAUGACGUCUGACGUCUAA